UUGCGGUUUGGGGAAGACGGAAAGUGAAUGAUUUAAUUCAAUCCAAAAAAUCUCUAUUUAAAAAUCCGUUGCUUGAAGAAAUACACUCAGAUUCAGGUGCAGCUCUCUCUCUCUGACCUUGCAAAGCAUCCCUUGUAAUUCGCAGAUAAGUAUGGAUAGAAGGGUACUAUUACUUCUAGCCAUGCUCAGCAGCUGCUGGUGCUGUAAUGCUAGAGACCUGACAGUUCUACAAUCAAAUGACAGGACAGAUGCUCUCUAUGUGCAAGAAGUUACCAAGAAUGAAGAUUUUUGUGAAUUGUGUGAAGAAUUUGCUUCUGAGGCUCUUAGUUACCUUACACUAAAUAAAACCCAAGCAGAGAUUAUCACUAUUCUUCACAAAUCCUGCUCAAAGAUACCUUCCUUCAAGCAGCAGUGCAUUGUUUUGGUGGACUAUUAUGCACCUCUGUUUUUCUUAGAGGUUUCCACUUUAAAUGCUAAAGAUUUCUGCCGAAAGGUUAAUCUUUGUGAAGACCGCAUUUCCAAGUCUCAAGAACUCCCUAAAGAUAAAUGUGAUCUUUGCCAUACCGUUGUUGCAGAGGCUUUGCUGAAGUUGAAAGAUCCAGACACUGAGUUGGAAAUACUGGAGAUGCUUCUGAAGGCGUGCGACUCUAUCGGUAAAAAUGCCAAAAAGUGCAAGAAGUUAGUUUUCGAGUAUGCACCUGUUAUCCUCAUCAAUGCCGAGCAGUUCCUGGAAACAAGUGAUCUAUGCACCAUACUACAUGCCUGUGAUUCAGCAGCAGUGGUUACUGAGGAAGUAUCACUGGGUACGGAGGCAUCCAUGCACGCAUCAUCUUAGAUUGCCCGGUUUUCGCCAGUUUUCAAAAAUCUGUUUCAAUGCUGUAAGAAAAUCGUCCGUUUAUAUUGUGCAUACUAAACGGAACUCUGCUAUGUUGUAAAUCAUAUCACACAUUCUGUCAUGUUCAAACUGUGUUUUCUCUAACAAUUUAUAAGAGUAUAAUUGCUUUGCA